AUUCAGUAUUCACCAACUUUUACGUAUCCAUAACCAGCACUCCUCCAUCUCUCUGUUAGUUCUCUGCUUCCUCUCUUCAUUUGGCUCUCUAAUUCUUUAGCCACUGUUUUGCUUUUCUGUUGAUUUCAGCAGUCCUUUAUUGUCUUUAUUUUCUUUUAUCUUGUUCGACUCUGAUUUCUUGGUCUAUUUUAUUUUUGAUCUGAGAUUUCAAAAAAAAAUAAAAAAAAAUCAAAAUGGUUCUUGAUAUCCUUAUCUCCAUCUUCUCUGAGUUCAUCAAAGAACCCAUCAUGGAAUUUGUUGUUGUCCCAAUCAAACGACAUAUCAGCUACCCUUUCACCUACAAGAGCAACGUUAAGAAACUCCAUGAUGAGUCUGGGAAAUUGAAGAACAGAACAGUCGAGUUGCAGCAAGCUGUUGAGGAGGCUACAAGGAAAGGGGAAGAGAUCUAUGAAAGAGUCAACAAGUGGCUGAACGAUGCAGGCAAAGCUAUUGAAGAAGCUGAGGAAUGUAUCAAAGGCGAAGAACAAGCGAAAAAGAGGUGUUUCGUUGGAUUAUGUCCUGAUUUGAAGACACGCUACCAGCUUAGCAAGAAAACAGAGAAGAAAACUCUGGCAAUUCAUGAGCUGGCGAAUAAAGGCGACCAUAAUCCAAUUUCCUUCCGUCCCCCUCUACAGCAGAUAGUUGCCCCGUCAGUAUAUGCUCGUGAGGGCUUGAAUUCAAGAAUGUUGUUCUUGGAGAAAGUUAUGGAUGCACUAUUAGAUCCAGAUCUUAAUAUGAUCGGGGUGUAUGGACUUGGAGGUGUGGGUAAGACCACCCUAGCAAAACAGGUCCACAGAAAAGCUCUGGAAGGGAAGCGAUUCGGCGUCGUCGCUAUGGUUGCUGUAGGUCAAACACCAGAACUCCGAAGAAUUCAAUCGGAGAUCGCUGAUAUCCUGGGCUUGGAAUUUAAGGUGGAGGAAAUACCUGGAAGAGCUAAUCGGCUAUAUGAGAGGUUGAAGAAAGAGUUGGAGAAAGAGAAGACAGAGUUGGAGAAAGAGAAGAAGGUACUUAUAAUUCUUGAUGAUAUUUGGAAACAACUUGAUUUAAAUGCAGUGGGAAUUCCCUUUGGAGAUGAUUUCAAAGGAUGCAAAAUAUUUCUCACCUCAAGGAGCCAAGAUGUGUUAUCUCGCGAGAUGGGCACACAGAAAGAAUUUAGGCUCGACGUUCUACAGGACGAAGAGGCCCGGAGUUUGUUUGAAAUAACUGUAGCAAUUGCAAAAGAUUCAGAAUUUCAACCUAUCGCCGCAGAAAUUGCUAAAAAAUGUGCAGGAUUGCCUUUUCUACUGUGCACAGUGGCGACAGACUUGAAAAAUAGAGGGUUAUACGCGUGGAAAUAUAAGCUGAAACAGCUAUCCGAGUUUAACAACGAAGAAAUAUAUUUAAAAGUGCGCGCGAUUCUGGAGUCGACCUACAAUAAUUUGUGUAGCAACGAAAUCAAGUCGUUUUUCUUGCUUUGUGGUCUGUUAGGGCAAUCUAAUAUUGAAAUCCAGUCCUUGCUGAAAUACAUUAUGGGUCUUAGUUUAUUCAAGAGCAUUACUGUGGAAGACGCAAGAGACAAACUACGCGUAUGGAUUGAUACCCUUAAAGCGCAGAGUUUAUUGCAAGAUGGCGACAUGUGUGGAUUCAUAAAAAUCCAUGAUGUUGUUCGAGAGACUGCUCUCUCGAUUGCAUCUAGAGAGCAACAUGCGUUUAUAGUUACAAGUGGCAAGGAGUUUGUGAAAUUCCCAAAUAAGGAUUGCACCAGAAUUUCUCUGCAGUAUUGUGAUAUUGAAAAUCUCCCCGAAGGAUGGGAGUGCCCAAAAGCAGAGGCACUAUUCCUUUUCACAGACGUUUUUUGUUUGGGAAUUCCAGAUCAGUUUUUCAAGGGCAUUAGAAACCUGGAAGUAGUGGAUUUUACUGGGAUCCAUUUUGUGUCCCUCCCUUCAUCGCUUGCUUUCCUAUCCAACCUUCAUACCCUUUGCUUGCAUCGAUGCCAACUGGACGACUUAGCUAUCAUUGGAGACUUGAAGCAACUACGAGUUCUUAGUUUUGCAAACUCCUACAUUGUUGAGUUGCCCAGACAAAUAGAGCAACUGGCUCGACUAAAAGUCUUAGAUGUGAGCAAUUGUUCCAAACUCAAAAUGAUUCCAGCAAAUGCCUUAUCAAAGCUGUCGGAGCUUGAAGAACUGUACAUGAGUAACAGCUUUGUUGAGUGGGAGGCCGAUGGGAACAAUGCAAGCCUUGCUGAGUUGGAAAAGUUGUCUCAGUUGACUACCUCGGAAAUGCAAAUACUGGAUGACAAGAUAUUACCCAAACACUUGUUCUCCAAUGGCCGCUUGCAGAGCUUCAGAAUACUGAUAGGGGAUAACUGGGACUGGGAUGACAGCUACAAAACCUCCAGACUGCUGAAACUUAAGCUCAAGACAAGCAUUCAUUCAGGAUACGAGGUUAAAGUGCUGUUGAGAGAGACUGAAGAUUUAUUCUUAGAUGAAGUGGGGGAGGCUGAGAACUUGUUGUAUGAUAUUAACGGGGAUGGCUUUCCAAAAUUGAAGCAUCUCCGAGUCCAAAAUAAUCAUGCCAUUCAACAUAUCAUCAAGUGGGCUGCAUGUGAUGCCUUUCCAAUUUUAGAGUCCUUGAUUUUGGAAAAUUUGAUGAAGUUGGAGAAGAUCUAUCAUGGUGGACUCACAGAAGGAUCUUUUAAUAAAUUAAAAAUUUUACGAGUAAAAAAUUGUCAGAAAUUGACGCAUCUUUUCUCAUUAUCUGCUGUCAAGUGUCUUUUGCAACUACAGGAAAUGGAAGUGGAAGAUUGCCCUGAGAUGAAAGCUAUUGUUAUUGAUGAAAGCCAGAACAGUAAUGAAGUGUUUGAGUUCAAUGACUUGCGCUCCUUGAAUUUACAAAAUCUUCCGAAUCUCAGAACUUUUCACAACCCAUCGAAAAUUGAAGAAUUUAUGUCAGGACGGGAGAAUGAUACUCACUUGUCAUUUUUCAGCAGAACGGUUUCUUUCCCCAACUUGGAGCAUCUUGAAUUAGUUUCAGUUAAUUGUGAAAAGAUAUGGCACGAUCAACUUUCUACAACUUCUUCAAAAUUAGAGACUUUGACGGUGAAAGAUUGCAACGAGUUGAAGCAUUUAUUUACAACUUCAAUUGUUAAAAGACUCUUGCAGCUUGAAACACUUCAUAUUUCCUCUUGUACUUCCAUGGAAGAGAUAAUACUAACAGAGAAAUUUAUAGAAGAUGAAGAUGAGAUGAUGAAUCAGAUACUUUUUCCUAAAUUGGAUGAGCUGACACUUUGUUAUCUUCCAAAGUUGAUUAGAUUCUGCACUGGAUAUCAAAUUGAAUUUCAAUCUCUUAGAGACUUGGACAUAGACAGUACAGGCAUGAUGGAAAAACAAGAUCACAUAGAGAUGAAUCAAAAUCAAAAUCAAAAUCAGAAUGCUGAAAUUCAAUCUCUCUUCAAUGGAAUGGUUGGUUUUCCUAACUUGGAGAGAUUAAGUCUCUCCAAUAUAAACGAGUUGAAAAGAAUAUGGCAUAGCCCACUUGCGGCAAAUUCCUUCUUUAAACUGAAAUCAUUGGAUGUUUCUUAUUGCCAAAAAUUGAUGGCUGUUUUUCCAUCAAAUGACUUAGAAAGAUUCCGAAGAAUGGAGGAGUUGUGUGUGAGCAAUUGUGCUUCAUUGCAAGAGAUAUAUCAACUUGAAGGGUUCAAUGUUGAUGAAGCAUUUGAGUUGAGAAGAUUAAAUAUCAGUGGACUGGGAUCGUUGAAGCAUGUAUGGAGGAAGGAUCCACAAGGAGUUUUCAGUUUUCAAAAUUUGAAAUCAGUUAAAGUUUCAAAUUGCGAUAUUCUAAACUAUCUGUUUCCAACCUCCAUUGCCGAGGGUCUUUUGCAGCUUGAAGAGCUUACGAUAACUUGUUGUGGGGUUGUGGAGAUUAUUGCAAAGGUUGAAGAUGUGGAACAAGACCCUUAUUGUUGUUUUAAAUUUCCUCAACUAACAUCCCUUCAACUUAUAGAUCUAUCAAAAUUAAGGAGUUGGUAUCCAGAGACACACAAUUUUGAAUGUCAGAAAUUGACAAGUUUGGAUGUUCGUAAUUGUCACAAAAUAAUAAAAUUCAGUUUCCAAGAAACACAUGAAGAGGGCAAACAAUCACUACUUUUUUUGAAAAAGAUGAGUCCCAACUUGGAGGAAUUGACUUUAGAGCACAAGGACUUGAUUGUGAUACAGCAAGGACAAUUCUUUUCUAAACUCAAAAUGCUUACUUUGACCAACUUACAGAACAAAUCACGCCCUUUCAUAAUUGGUUUCCUUCAAAGAUUAUCUUCUGUGGAAACAAUUUUUGUACAAGGUCAUAAUACUUCAGAAGAGUUGUUCUCAUAUGAAGGACUUGCCGGAGAAGAAGAAGAAGAACAUGCCAGGACACUUGCACGAGUGAAAAAUUUGAAGCUAGAGAGCGUUGAUAAUUUAAAGCAUAUAUGGGACCCAUACUCCAGACUGAAACCACUUCUUCAGUAUCUCGAGACUUUGAGUGUAUUUGGUUGUGAGAGUUUGAUCAACGUAGCACCAUCCUCAUCAUCUUUCCAAAAUCUAGCAACUCUUGAAGUGAUUUUCUGUGAAGGAUUGGCAAACUUGAUAACAGCGUCCACAGCCAAGUCCAUGGUGCAUCUCACCAAAAUGACAGUACAAUAUUGCGAUAUGAUGACAGAAAUAGUGACCAGCGAUGGAGAUGAUCAUACAGAGGAUGAGAUUAUUAAUUUCGACAAACUGAAAUGUUUGGAACUUUAUGGUCUGCCUGGUCUCAUCAGCUUUUGCUCCGGCAAUAAUGCCUUCAAUUUUCCAGCUUUAGAAAAUGUUACCGUCAAUGGAUGCUCCCGGAUGAAGAUUUUCGCUUUUGGAGAUCUAAAAACACCAAAACUACGAGGAAUAGUCCUGGAAUAUCAACAGCGUUGGGGGGGAAACCUUAAUGCAACACUAGCAGAAAUGAGAGUUGACCGAUAUUUUAAUAAAGCAUCUGAAUUUCCUGAGCUCUGGCAUGAUGGGAUGCAAGGGAGACUCUUACGCAAUGUAGAAAGGCUUGAGGUGGAUAAAUGUGCAAUGUAUAACAAAGCUAUACCAUCCAAUGUACUGGUGUUUUUAAACAAGUUGGAAGAGCUUGAGGUGAAAGACUGUGAUUCAGCAGAUGUAGUAUUUGAUUUGGAAGGGCUUUCUGCUGAUGAUGGGCUGCUUCCCCAACUAUGCGAAUUGCAAUUAACAAGUCUUCCAAUGUUGAGACAUUUAUGGAACAAGGAUCCCAGAGGAAUUUUAGAAUUCAAGAACCUAAAGUGGCUUCAUGUUGGAAACUGUAGCAGCUUGAAGUAUAUUUUUACCUGGUCGAUGGCAUUGUGCCUCAUGCAACUGGAAAAGAUAGAGCUGAGCAAUUGUAAGAUGAUUGAAGGAAUCAUAGAAAAGGAGGAAGCCGCUGAUAAGAUGAUAUUAUUGCCUUUAUUGAAAUCUGUAGUCCUUAAAUGUUUACCUAGAUUUUCCAGAUUGUGUUCAGGAUGGAGUGAUGUGGAAUGUCCAUUGUUGGAGGAGAUGAGCAUAUAUGAAUGUCCAAGCUUAAAGAAUAUCUUUGCCACAAAGACACCGGUGAACACAAUUGAUGAGUUUCAUACACCUUUUUUUCAUAAGAUGUUUCCAAAUUUGAAAAAGUUAUCGUUAGACAAGAAGUCUACCAUAACCAUACUCGGAUUUAAAUUUCCAACAGGUUUCUUUUCCAAAGUAGAAGUCCUUAAAUUGAGUUUCUUUCUAAACAAAUAUCAUGUUCCUCUGUUUAGUUUACUUCAAAUAUUCCCCAACCUUGAAAGACUUGAAGUUCUUGAUUCUUCUCUCGACAAACUACUUCCAUUUGAAGGACUGGGUGGUGACCAAGAAGAUAUCACUACAAUUCCACAGAUAAAUUCUUGUGGAAAUUUGAUUGUUUUAGCACCAUCCUCUGUGUCUUUGGGAAAUCUGAAAACUCUCAAAGUAUAUGGAUGCAACACAUUGGCAAAUAUUUUUACAUCAGCCGCAGCCAAAAGUAUGGUACAACUUGAGACAUUGAUUGUAAGAUCUUGCAAUGUGUUGACCGAAAUAAUAGGAGGUGUUGAAGAGGAUGGAUCAACUGAAGAGAUUGUUUUCAGUAAAAUGAAAACAUUAAAACUUAAAGAUUUACAGAACCUCACAUGCUUCUGCUUGGGCAGUUACACUUUCAAUUUCCCAUCUUUAGAACAAGUGAAUGUUUUUAGAUGCCCCAAGUUGAGGAUUUUCACUGUCCGCAAGCUGAGCACACCAAAGAUACAUGGUGUAUUCACAGGCAACAGAUUCAAUCGAACAUUUCAUUGGGAAGGCGAUCUCAAUGCGACCAUUGAACAGAUUUACAUGAAAUAUGUUGGAUUUAAAUACAUAGAUGAUGUUCAACUCUCCAACUUUCCCAUGCUGAAAGAAAAAUGGCAUGGCCAAUUUCCAUUCGAGAACUUGGAGGACUUGAGAAAAUUGGUGGUGGACGAGUGUGCAUUUUUCUCAAAUGCCAUAUCAUCAAAUCUACUAAAGCACUUGUCCUGUUUAAAUGAGUUGGCUGUAGAAAGAUGUGAUUUAGUAGAAGAGCUGUUUGAAUUAGAAGAGCUAAAUGCUGAUGAAGGUGAUGUUGGGUUAUUGGAGUCUCUAGAAGAAUUGAGGUUAAUUGAUUUGCCUAGAUUGGUGCAUGUGUGGAAUAAGGAUCCUCAAGGAAUUUUGAGCUUUAGAAACCUAACAUUGUUGAAAGUUGAGAAUUGUAGCAGCUUGACUAAUAUUUUUACUCUGUCCAUGGCUUCGGGUCUUCUAAAGCUCAAACAUUUGGAAUUGAAAAGAUGUAAUUUGGUGAAACAUAUCAUCACAAAAGAAGCAGAAGAGGAAAUAGCAAAGGAUAAUACCAUAUUUCCAUCAAUGGAGUCCAUGAGUCUAGAGUGUUUGCCUAAUUUGUCAAGUUUUUAUUCUGCAAGCGAUGUUCUGAAAUGCCCAUCCUUGAAAAGAAUUGAGAUGGUUGGCUGUCCAAACAUGGAGCUAUUGGCUUCUAUAUUUUGCAAAGAACAUGAUCUAAGCAUGAUUGCUGAGGGAAAUGGAGAAAGAAUUGCAGCCUCUUCUGGCGGGAAGGUUGUCAUCCCAAGUUUAGAAGAAUUAAGAGUGGAAUGUAACACCAUAAAGAAUCUGUGUUCUCAAACAUCUCAAGCUGAUUUCUUGUGUGGACUGAAAGGCAUUGAGUUGACAUGUAUUUCUAGUGACCGUACACUUUUGCCAUCUCAGUUCUUUGAAAGUUUACCCAUUCUGGAAAAGCUUGUUCUGAGUGAUGCUUCUUUCGAAGAUAUCAUUUCCUGUGAAGAGAUUAUUGGCGAGGAAAUACAUCCUCAAUCACUUGUGAAAGUGAAAGAACUAAGUUUGUCUAAACUGCCAAGGCUCAAGCAUCUCAGGGACGCCAAACUACUCUCAGUUUUCCAAUCUCUGGAGACUUUAAAUGUAAUGGAAUGUGGUAGAUUGCAAGUGUUAGUGGCAUCCUCUGUUUCUUUUCAAAAUUUAACAGCGCUGCAGGUAUCAAAUUGCCAAGGUCUAGUAAAUUUGUUGUCUUCUUCAACAGCGAGAAGUCUUGAACAACUUGAAAAAAUGAAGAUAGAGGAAUGUGAACUGAUACAAGAAGUUAUAGUGGCCGAAGUAGAUAAAGAAGAAGAAGAGAAUGAGAUUUGCUUCAACCAACUGAAAUGUUUGGAACUUCGACGUCUACCAAGUCUCUCUAGCUUCUGCUCUGGGAAUUUGACCUUUAAUUUCCCAUCUUUGGAAGAAGUAAUCCUUGUAGAAUGCCCCAAUAUGAAGAUUUUUGCUCAAGAAGUAAGCACGCCGCAGCUGUGGAGAGUUCAAACAGGAGAACAACGUAAAUAUGAUAAAAAAUGGGAUUGGGAUUGGGAGUACACCAUUCAAGUUAUAUGUGAUUGGGAGUGGGAAGGCAGCCUUAACAACACCAUUGAAGCACUAUUUAAGGAAAAGAAAGCUGAAGAGACGAGGAUAGGCCAGUGUUCAUAUGGGUGAGCUUGAAUAAGGCCAAUGUUCAUAUUCUAUUUCACCAACUUGCUUGACUGCUAUACUUCUUCUCAUUCAAGGUAGUCUUUUUGUGAUGCUUUCUCAUUUUCCUUUUUCAAUCACCAAUCCAUUAUCUCUAUCAAUGAAGUGUGCAUCUCAAAUUCUCAUCAA